AUGGCCGAGAUUGUACAAGACACGACCAGAGUCAUGGAGAUAGAAGGAGAUGUGGUGGAGGAGGAUGACCUUGACCGUUGCGUGGUGGAGGAGGUUGAGCUAACCGUUCCCAAAACCGAUGAUCCAACGUUACCGGUUCUCACUUUUAGAAUGUGGACUCUAGGUCUUGGUGCGUGUAUCAUACUCUCGUUCGUAAACCAGUUCUUCUGGUACAGGCAGAUGCCAUUGACCAUUACAGGAAUCUCGGCUCAGAUCGCGGUGGUGCCUCUUGGUCACCUGAUGGCUAAAGUGCUUCCAACAAGGAUGUUCUUGGAAGGAUCAAAGUGGGAGUUUAGCAUGAAUCCAGGUCCUUUUAAUGUUAAGGAACACGUUUUGAUCACAAUCUUCGCUAAUUCGGGAGCUGGAACGGUUUAUGCGACACAUAUACUUAGUGCAAUCAAGCUUUAUUAUAAGAGAUCUCUUCCGUUUCUACCGGCUUUUCUCCUUAUGAUCACUACGCAGUUUCUCCGAUUUGGGUGGGCUGGUCUAUUCCGUAAACACCUUGUUGAGCCUGGUGAAAUGUGGUGGCCAAGCAAUCUAGUUCAAGUGUCUCUCUUCAAUGCCUUGUAUGAGAAGGAAAAGAAGAGAAAGGGAUGCAUGACUCGAAUCCAGUUCUUCCUCAUUGUCCUUGUGACCAGUUUUGCAUACUACAUUCUCCCCGGUUAUUUAUUCACAAUGAUAACUUCCAUCUCAUGGGUCUGUUGGCUUAGUCCCAAAUCGGUUUUAGUCCACCAACUCGGUUCAGGUGAACAAGGUCUGGGUGUUGGCGCAAUUGGUAUUGAUUGGGCUACAAUUAGUUCUUACUUGGGUAGCCCACUCGCGAGUCCCUUAUUCGCUACCAUCAAUGUAGCCAUCGGUUUUGCGGGGAUCAUGUAUGUCGCCACCCCGAUUUGUUAUUGGCUAAAUAUAUACAAGGCCAAAACAUAUCCCAUCUUCUCAAGUGGGCUUUUCAUGGGAAAUGGCUCUUCCUAUGAUGUUUUAAGCAUCAUUGAUAAUAAGUUUCAUCUCGACCGCGAAAUCUAUGCAAAGACUGGUUCUAUUCAUAUGAGCACUUUCUUUGCAGUCACAUAUGGGCUAGGGUUUGCUACUUUGUCCGCAACUAUUGUCCAUGUUUUAAUUUUCAACGGAAGGGAUUUAUGGAAACAAACAAGAGGUGCUUUUCAAAGGAACAAGAAAAUGGAUUUACACACGAGAAUCAUGAAGAAAAACUAUAGGGAAGUUCCCAUGUGGUGGUUUUAUGUGAUCCUCGUACUUAACAUUGCGCUCAUCAUGUUCAUCUCUUUCUACUACAAUGCAACCGUGCAGCUACCUUGGUGGGGAGUGUUGCUAGCUUGUGCCAUUGCCGUCUUCUUCACUCCUCUUAUUGGUGUUAUCGUAGCCACCACUAAUCAGGCACCGGGUUUGAACGUCAUUACGGAAUAUGUAAUCGGGUAUAUUUAUCCAGAACGUCCGGUUGCGAACAUGUGCUUCAAAGUGUAUGGAUACAUCAGCAUGACUCAGGCUCUAACAUUCAUCCAAGAUUUCAAACUCGGUCUCUACAUGAAGAUCCCUCCUAGAAGCAUGUUCAUGGCACAGGUGGUUGGGACGCUUGUGGCAGUGAUAGUGUACACAGGAACUGCUUGGUGGUUAAUGGUAGACAUUCCUCAUCUAUGUGACAAAUCUUUGCUUCCUCCAGAUAGCGAAUGGACCUGUCCGAUGGACCGUGUCUUCUUCGAUGCUUCUGUGAUUUGGGGACUUGUGGGACCACGUAGAAUGUUCGGUGACUUAGGGGAAUACUCAGCCAUAAAUUGGAUCAAUGCUCUUGCCCUAGUUGGCAAAGUCAAGCCAGCCCCUCCGCCGGUCUCCGCAAAUCCUGAAGUAGAUCUGAUGCUCGAUGUCGUCUCGGGUUCUGUGCCUUGCGCAGAUCUGGUUUCCAAUUUUGAGUAUCCUCCUCUCAUCGUCGCAGGUUCAUCCUCCAGUGAAGUUUCUACAGGAGAUCCUGUGACUGCCGACCCUUACCACACCACCGACGUAGGUCCAUCCUCCGUUAAUGACAAGAUUACCUCUUCCACACCGCUCAAGUACUCCACGGUUGCACGUGACCCUUCCUGCUUGGAGGAAAUUGGUACUCCAACACAAUAUGUAUCUGGAGUUCCAUUUGUGAUCAUCCCAGAUGAGAAUAUCCAGGCUGCGAAGAUUGAGUUCAAAGACUUUAUCUUUGCUCAGUUUCAUGGACCUCCCCAGCAAUGGGCAGAGUAA